AUGCCACCAAAACCCAAAGACAAGCCCACCUCACCUCACAAACCCAAAGAUCUCCGCAAGUUCCUACAACGAGAGAUUCUCCGCGACCAACUCAAACCCCCAUCAGGUGGACCAAAGCGGGGUAAGAGAGAUGAAGUUUCCUCUCUCGCAUCACUUUUUACGAGCACGCCGGAAGAAGACCAAACCGACAAACUUCUAGACCAGAGUGCAAGCUGCUGUGACGUGGAUUCUAUCUUUGGGGAUGAGAUUUUGACACACGAGGAGAUCCAAAAGCAGAAGCUAGACAAAUUUCUAGAGGAGACUGAAGCACGGCACGCAAAGGUGAAGACCACGAAGAGUGAAGAUGGGUUUGAUAAAGGAGAUUAUAACACGAGAAUCGAGGAAUUAAGGUCUGGGUUAAGGGAGUUGGCGGUGUUGGAACUUGAUGCAAAUCAACGGGAGAGAAGCUUGAUUCAAAGACAGAAAGAGGCUUUGAGAGCUGAGAUUUCAUUUUCUGAGAGGAAUAAGAAAGUACCUAGAGAGGAUCUUUCUCUGGGUAUGUACACACAGAAUCUUGAUGGCUGGUAAGGUAGGAGCUAACGAAUCUUCAAUAGAUGAGCUUAAUAAGGAAAUUAGACAAUUGCCACCACCAAUGAGUCCUUGGGAGAUAAAACGUCUCGAAAGAACACAGAAGCGGGAAGCCAAGAAAGCCGCAGAGGAACUUGCAAGAACACUUGAAGAGGGAACCCAAGUAGGUCAUCUCUAAUAUCGAAGCUGGCAUAUCACUAACUUCCAACUGACUUUCACUCGCCAGUCCCCCAAAACACCAAAACGUAGACGGGACCCUGCAGAAGCCGAUCUUGACGGCGAAGGGCUUCUUGAGCUCCACGGGGAGAAAAUGUUCAAAAAAUCAAAAUCAAAGAAACCAGCUAUACCCGUUGGCCGAUGGCGUUCCGACAUACACGAUUACUUCCCCGAGAGCGAGAUUAUAGAGGCUGAGCACCUAUUUCGGGAUAUGUGCAAGGAGGACAGAAUGCUGUUUCGAAGGGAGCUGGCUGAUGCCGGGGAGAAGAUGGUCAAGGCAAAUCGGUCGAAGAGGAAAGCUGCUUGGCUUUGGGAUAACGAUUCUUGGUUUGGGGGAGCUCUUCGGUCUGAAUGACUUGGGUUGGGAAGGAGGAUGGUUGGCCAUUUGUAUGAUCAUUCUUGUUCUCGUUGAUUUCGAAUUGUAUUGAUAUCUUUCUUUCGAAUGAUGACUAAAUUGGCCUGUCAUAUGCAUGGCACACCCCUAGUCGCAAAGUCGUGUGCCUUGCCGAUCGCAAUUCGACGGGAUGAGCACCGUUUCUC